GCAAUGUAGAGCAGUGUAAUGUCAUACCUUAUCCGUUUCAAACAUUCUAGGGCACAUUCAGGAGCAUGUGGCUGCUUCUCACUUUGGUCCUGUUUCACAGGAUUGUCUGUCUAUAUGGGAAUUACACAACAACAGGUCCUACAUAUAGCCUUGACUGUGUGAAUGAUUACCUGUACAUCAUUAACUGUUCUCUGAGCAUCCAGCCAGAGUUGGCUUAUGAAAACCAGUCCUCUUACUGGCUUCUCUUUGAGAAGUCCUGGGAACCUGAAAGUCCAUAUCAAUGUGUGUUGAGGAUAACGGAUGGCAAUUACUCCUGUUCAUUGGACACAUCAGAUUCUGUGGAUUCAGAUCCUGAUGAGAAUUUUGGAAGCUUUUAUGACAUUACGGUGUACAAGAUCAGUCUCUAUCACAGAAGAACCGAUGGAAAGAUAAGCGCCAUAUUGCUGGAUGAGGAAUAUAUGCCAGUAAAAAACAUCAAACCUAAUGCACCUGUCAGUCUCACCGUCAACCGGAUGUCAAAUCAUUACUGCAUCGCCUGGAUGAGCAGCUACGAGAAAUAUUUACCAUUCAAUCCUCUGAGUGACAACUUGAAGUAUGAACUGUGGUUCCACAAAAACGGCCUUGAUGGACAAUCUCUCGAAGUUCGUUACUCAACCAAUCUGUCAGUGGGCGAAGAAAAUUUGAAGCCACAAACAAACUACAGCAUUAAAUUGAGGUCCAUUCCCAACCAAUUACCCUAUCAGGGUCAGUGGAGUAAAUGGACAUCAGAGGUUCAUUGGAGGACCGAUGCCAUGCAGCAAGUGACCUUGGUCCCUGCAGCUACAGUGCUUCCAAAGAACGGAAAGUUUAGUGCCAUCUUCUGUUUGCUGAUACCUGUGCUGCUAAUUAUUUGUUACAUUCCAAUUGUAAGGUUGAACAAAACCGCCUUCAUCCCAACUCCGGCAGAAUACUUCAAGCCCCUUUAUAGUGAUUGCAAAGGAGACUUCAAGAGCUGGGUCGUCACCCCAGGUUACCAAGCAGGCCUUCUCAAGACCGAGGAAACACUUCUAAUCGACACCCUCAUCGAGACCGGAACUGUCCUGGGUGGCGACAACUCCUCGCAGGUGCCUGAUCAAAUGUUCCAGGACAACGGCAAUGACCUCUUCAACCUAAAGUCUGACGUGCUGGGCCUUCCUUAUGCCAUCUCUCUGGGUCCUCCACUCCGGGCUCCCAGGGGCCCAGUGAACAGCUUUACUCUGAGCGAGCAAGAAAGCAUCAUCGAGGCAGAUUCAGGCUGUUGGCUCCACAGCUCUGGGUCUCUGGAACAAGAGAGUGGCUGGUAUAGAAAUGAGUUCAACAACAGGGACUAUUGCACCCUAUCGGACACUUUGGGGAACAGCAAGAUCAGUCAGACUGCAAAAGGUGUCUGGUGCUCUGGGAGUUUGUUCAGCGAGGUCAUGUCUGAAGGAGAAGAUCAGGUUGAAUGCUAACAUUUCUAAGCUUCCGAUCACCUUUUAACCCACAUUUACACCUUGUUCCAACUGUCGUCCUGUUCGCCUCCACAUUGUCAUUGUGCCACACUUUUUGACAAGUGUAGUCAGUCAGAGGACCCCAUUGUGAACUGGUAGUGAUUGGAUUUUCCCAACCUCCUCUGACCUCUAUAAGAUUGAUCCCCUUGUCCUUCCCACUCUGAAAAAACACACACAUGCUCUUAAUUAUUGCCACAUUCCAAUUGAAAUUGAACAAUUCACAGGCUAUACAUAUACUUAAAAAGAUAUGACCCAAAUUAAGACAUUCCCACAUCCAUAGCAAGGACUGUUCAGGCCAAUGCUAAAUUAAAAAAAGAAUUGUGCAAUUUCCAGGAAAAUCUAACUAAUGCCUAUGGGCGAAUGGCUUUAAUGGUGUAAUAUACAGUCCAAAAUAACAUUAGGCUACAAUUAUUCGUUAGUCUUUGGACUGCUUGUAGAUUAACACUUUAUCAUAUUACAAGGACUAAUGUAGGUCUAUGAUAACACAUGCUUAAAGAACAAACCAGGCCAGACCGAUUUGGAUUCAUUCUUUGUGUCAUGCACUUUGUAACUUAAAACAUGUUCAACAGGCAGCUGUGAGCAAUAGGGCCAGUAUCAUUUAUACUGUGAUGACUCUAAGGAUGGCAAUGAUUCUCCUACUAUCUGUACACCUGUGGACAGGUAUUGCACCAGGAUAAUGCUAUGACUAUUUUUACAUUGUUGGAUCAAAGUAUUUUGUGAAUUUUUACAGCUUUUGUCAUAAGGGGACAUCCAAGACAGGUAUAAUUUGCCAAGACUCCCAUUGAGUGUUAGGAUCAACUGGGUCAGAUGGCCACCUUAUGGCCAAGUCUGAACAUUGUCUGGGUUAAAAUUGAAGACAUUCCCUGCUGUGAUUCAAUUCCCAGCUUGGGUGUCCCUUUUAGGCUUUUCUAAUGCAAUUCAAGCUCAAAAAUGCAUUUUAAGCUGGUUUCCUCUACUGUAGACUGUUCAUGAAAAGCAUGUAGAAUAUUCACCAUAUGGAAUAUUGUACCUUUCAGCAUUUUGUUAAUAAAAGAGGCAAAUGUCUUGCAAAAUUAU